ACAAUGCGUUCUUUGAAGAUGGACACAUGUGAAAGUCGAAGGAAUCAUCCGAAGACACAAUUCCCACCCCUUCUACAACACUCGGUAUAAAAAGUCCAAAACAUCCAAGAAUCGGUACAGUCACCACUAGACCCGGUCCAUCACAAGCAUCAUGAACUCUUUUAGUGUGGUAUUGGCCUUCGCUCUGGCCGCAGCUGUCGUGGCUGAGCCCCCAUCGGGCUACAACUACAACCGCCCCAGCGGAGGCGGCGGUGGCGGCAGCUACUUCGGCGGCGGUGGCGGAGGCAUCUCCCUGGGAGGUGGGCUGUCCGGUGGUGGGGGAGGUUACCAGGCCGUGUCAUCAGGCUACCAGACCUCUGAAGGCGCUUCCGUGGACCCUCAGCUGCUCGAGCAGGUGCGCCAGAUCCUCCUCAGAGAGGAACAGAGCUCCUCCUCCUCCUCAGGAGGCCACGGGGGCGGCAUCGGCGGCGGGUACCCCUCCUCCCAGUACGGCGUACCGUCGCCGCAGUACGGAGUGCCCAGCUACCAGACGCGCGUGGUUGGUAUCGAUCUAGAGGGCAUCAAGCAGGCUAUCCAGGUGGCGCAGUACAACCAGAUCUCCCAGCAGCAAGGAGGUGGGUUCGGGGGCUACCCAAGCGGACCUAGUUCGAGCUACGGCGCACCAUCAGCACCUUCCGGGUCCUACGGUGCUCCCUACUAA